AUUUUUUGUUUCGAAUACAGGCUCGAGGUCAGGUGGAGUAAGCAACAGUCAGGCCUGUGAUAUGAUCACCUUCAAAUGUGCUUUGAUAUGAAUGAAAUAGUUAUCAAAAUUUGCUGAAGAAUGUUGAUGGCUUGGAUCUAAACCAAACAUACACCAAAGUGAUUGACUGAAAUCAUGGAUUGUGUCCCUAUAAAGAAGGCAGCAAGGAACUAUUGUUCAGUGGAGAGCUGGAAGAAUCGUUUCCCGAUCACCAAAUGGCUGCCUGGGUACUCUCUUGGUUACUUGGUCAGCGAUAUCGUGGCUGGAUUAACGGUCGGAUUGAUGGUCAUCCCACAAAGCUUAGCUUAUGCCAGUGUUGCUAAACUCCCCAUCCAGUAUGGGUUGUAUUCGUCGUACAUGGGUUGCUUUGUCUACUGUAUUCUUGGAGGAGCUAAAGACGUGACCAUAGGACCUACAGCCAUCAUGUCUCUUCUGGUCUCCUCUUAUGGCAAACAAGGUCCUGAUCAACAUACUGGCAUCCAUGAGCCCUCCUAUGCCAUCUUACUAGCAUUCCUGUGUGGCGUCAUACAGCUCAUCAUGGGCAUAUUUCAUCUAGGAACCCUAACUGGUUUUAUCUCAGCAUCAGUGGUGGCAGGCUUCACUACAGCAUCGGCCAUCACCAUUGCAUUUGGACAAGUUAAACAUAUACUGGGUAUACAUUUCUCAUCGGGAAGCUUUGCUGAAGAUGUUUAUAAUACCUUCAAACACAUUCCUGAUUCAAAUCCUUGGGAUGUCCUUCUUGGAGUUAUCACAAUAGUUGCUCUAGUUCUACUUACUCUGAUUCAAAAAGACACCGUCGUUUGGGAGAAGAAAGGUUGGAAAGAUGCUUCCAUGGCAACCAAAGUUUUAUGGAAGUUCUUAUGGUUCAUGGGAACAGCCCGUAAUGCCAUAGUUGUAAUAUGUGGUAUGCUAGUAGCUCUAGCAUUAGAGUCCUCGGGUCAUGCUGAUGUCAUCACCGUGACAGGUCACAUAAACAGCACUGGACUUCCUGCAUUCAAACCUCCAGACUUCCAUCUACCAAAUAUAUUAGGGGUUUUCAAUAUUGGCAUUGCUUUAGUACCAAUUAUUGGAUAUUUUGAAUCUAUCGUCAUUGGAAAAGGAUUUGCUCGUCAAAGUAACUACAAAAUUGAACCAAACCAAGAACUAGUAGCAAUAGGUGUGUGCAAUAUUGCCGGCUCUUUUGUGCAAGCAUAUCCAGUAACAGGUAGUUUCUCUCGGACCGCUGUAAACUUUCAGAGUGGUGUUCGUACCCCUGCUGCUGGUAUCUUUACCGGUGCUGUGGUGAUGCUUGCCCUAGCCUUCCUGACACCCCUCUUCAGAUUGAUCCCCGAAGCCACGCUUGGUGCAGUCAUCAUUGUAGCUCUUAUUAAACUCAUUCAGCUUCCAAUCAUCAAAAGACUAUGGACAAUUAGAAAGUUGGACCUGGUUCCAUACCUGGUAACUCUGGUGGCAUCACUAGGCCUAGAUGUAGCCUAUGGAACGCUGAUUGGUAUAGGGGUAGAUCUAGUGAUCUUACUCUUCCCUGUAGCUAGACCAUCUAUCAAGAUAGACUCAUCGUCACAACAGAUUAAUGAUCUUGAGCUUUCAUCAGCAUCACACUCACAACAACUACAGGUCGGGGCGGAGUCCGUUGCCGUGGUAACAGUAGACAGUAGCAUCCGUUAUCCUUCCAUCGAUUACAUCAGUGAGCAGAUCACAGAACUUAGCUCCUCUGUAGACCAUCCUACCAAACUAGUCCUGGACUUCUCUCGUGUUAAUAUGAUAGACUACACAGUGGUCCAGGGCAUGUCUGAUCUCAUGGUAGACCUGAGAAGAGCUGGAGUUAGGGCUGCUUUCGCCAAUGUCUUGCCUUCAAUCAAGGAGCAGCUGAAUAAAGGAGAUAUUUACCAGCUUCGAAUGUUUGACUCGGUUCAAGAUGCCAUCUGGAGUCUAGCAGAGAACACUGGGGAGGAUCUUGAACCUGAUAACAAUGGUGAUGUGAAGGCCUAGCUACAUUUGUCUGCAUCAUCAGUCCUUGUUUCGUUGAUUUGAAUCAUUCCAUUUAAACCCUUUCAAUUCUAUGAAUGGCUUGAGCUGCCUUGAUUUUUACCAUCCAUUUUCUCAAGCUGUGGGGUUGGAUGUUACAUUCCUUGAUGGCCUUUCUCCAAACCUUCCAAUCUUCAGCAUCCACCUGGAUGGAUCAACAGUUUGUGAGAGAGAAGCUAGUGUUCUUUAAUUCUAAAUAAGCUCAUGAAUUGAAACAAAACACUGAUUGUACAAGAUGAAUAAUGAAUGAAAAUAAGGAACCAAAAUGAAGUACUUAUAUCCUGAAAUCUUUUUGACUCCUGAAAUCUUUUUGACUCCUGAAUAUGAUUGUAAACUUGAUGGCACAGUAGAGUUUGAAGGACUGAUUGAAAACCACAUCACCCUUUGAUGAAGCACAGUGGCUAUUAAUGAAAAAAAUAUUCAUGUAUUCUCAUUGUGGAGCACUAGGAGUGUCAUAGAUUUAUUUAUAUAUUUAUUUAUUAUAUUAAUUCGGCAAUUCACAAAAAAUAUAACAAUGUAAAUAUAAUUAAACAAACAUUAAGAGAAUGUCAAUUAUAAAUGCACAAUCUUCCUGGAGGUCCUCUGAGUGCAUCAGUUGGCUGCCGGGGAAGAGAAAAGCAAACUUAAUCACUGUAAUCGUAAUGGUCCCUCUUCCCGACCAACUCAUUGGUGCACCCAGAAGACCUGCAAAAUAUAGCAUGAAGGUAAUUAAAAUGUAUAAAAUUUCAUAAACAAACCAGCUGACAAAAACAAAGCACAAGGAGGAAAUCAAAUUAAUAUGUAUGAUGACACUAGGUCAUGACACGAUACU